AUGGAAGUGUACCUUAAAGGAAUUGCUUUAUUUUUAUUAACUCGAUUUAUUAAUGGAGAUCAGUGGUACGCUGCGAGUAUAACACAGAAGACAAAAUCCAAUCAAGAAUCAAUUUACGCAUUCAAAACUACAAAUGACGAUAACUAUACUAAAAAUAACUGGCACACAAAAAAAAGAUCUGAGUCAACCCUAGCAGCAACAAACGAAACAAUAACUUCAAUUGCAUUUGAGAAACUUUUGUAUGACUCGCCUACAAAUAAGGAAUCAGCUUUUACGUUACCCAAUUCAGAUAAUUGUAACGAAACAAAUGGCCUGGAAUACAAAAACUUGACAAAUAUUAGUCUACCUAAACGAGGGAUUGCAAAAAAACGUUCAACAUUAGACACACGAAUUAGACCUAGGUUUCUAGAAUUAUUUAAAGUUGUUCAAUUUGAGCAUGUGGUAUGUACGGCUACUAAUGGUUUAGAAGGUCGGUGUCUCCAUGAGUACGAAUGUCAAAGUGCUGGCGGCUCUCCAAUGGGUGCUUGCGCUGAUGGGUACGGAACAUGUUGCGUCAUUGUUUUCUCAUGUUAUGGUGAAACGUCGGCGGCUGUAAGUUGGCUCACUAAUCCUGUUUUUCCUUCACCGAGUAUCGAUCGUCUGGCCUGCGUUCUAACAUUGAAUAAAAUUUCAAAUGAUAUCAAACAAAUACGCUUAGAUUUCGCCAAAUUCGAGCUCAUGCCGCCUACUUCAGGUUCUUGUGACCAGGACCAGUUUGUGGUUUCAGGACAGAAUACCAACCAUGUUAUACCAAUUAUCUGCGGAAUUAACACGGGCCAACACGUAUACAUAGAAGUUGGUAAUACGGAAGGACCUAUACGUUUGACAAUUCAGACAGUAGCAGCAGAAAGUCGAUUAUUUGCAAUUAAGGCAACUCAACUAAAAAGGUCCGACAUUUUAGCCGCGCCGGCUGGAUGUCUACAAUACUUCAAUCAGCCGCAUGGCUACAUAGAAUCAUUCAAUUAUAGUAACAUACUGGACAUCACCAGCGUAUCUUAUCCCAGUUAUUUGAACAAUUUGAAUUACGCAAUUUGCAUCAAGCGAGAGAAGUCGUCAUGUAGCGUCACGUACACGAAUGAAGAUCCUAUGCAAAUAGUUAAUUAUGACAAUGAUGGUCUUCCAUUAAUUCCACCACGUCAGGCCGGUGUCGAGAUAUUUAACUGUCCGAGCGACUGGCUGCUAAUAUCCGCUGUGAGGCUCUGUGGGGAGCGCCUAAAUGAUGGAUCUGUUAUACAAGAUUUUUAUUUAGACGCACCAAUCACAGAUAUUAGUGCAGGACCUAUAGUGGUUUGGUUUAGAUCUGACGAAGCCUUUGUAGGACGAGGUUUCAAGGUCCAUUAUCAGCAGAGUUCUUGUGCAAUGUCAAAGAAAUAAAAAAAAUAGAAAUUU